CACGGGAUCACCCGGAAAGCUACCAUUCCUUCUUGUGGAAUAACUUCUUUAAGCAUCUUGACAUCUCGGCAGAAAACGUUCACAUUUUGGAUGGAAAUGCACCGGAUCUACAGGCAGAGUGUGAUGCAUUUGAGGAUAAAACCAAAGCAGCUGGAGGAACUGAACUCUGUUGGAGGUAUUGGCCCAGACGGUCACAUCGCCUUCAAGGAGCCCGGGUCAAGUUUGGUGUCUAGGACGCGAGUGAAGACCUUGGCUAUGGACACCAUAUUGGCUAACGCCAGGUUCUUUGAUGGCGACCUUUCCAAAGUCCCCACAAUGGCUUUGACGGUCGGAGUAGGCACUGUCAUGGAUGCCAGAGAGGUGAUGAUUCUUAUCACAGGAGCCCACAAAGCUUUUGCUUUGUACAAAGCCAUCGAGGAAGGCGUCAACCACACGUGGACAGCAUCUGCUUUCCAGCAGCACCCCAACGCGGUGUUUGUGUGCGGUGAGGACACCACGCUGGAACUCAAAGUUAAGACCAUGAAGUACUUUCAAGGUUUAACGCUGGUCCACAACAAGCUUGUGGAGCCCUUGUGGAGCAUGAAGGAGAUGGGAGCAGAAAGCCGCCAGCCUAAGCAGCCGCACAGCGAUGAACCUCUGCUGCUCUGAGGAGUGCUGAACCAGCUGUUCUGGUGACAGCCAGCUGUGAAGAAAGGGAAUUGCUGCAGAAACUCGUAUGUGUUCUUAAAUUAGCAAA